AUGGUAAUAUUACCGAGAGCUCGUUACAAGUGGAUCAAUUUAAGGUUGCAAGACUUUAAGUCUAUAAGCGAGUACAACUCGGUAAUGUUUAGAAUCACAUCACAAUUGAAUCUAUGUGGUGAAAUUACUGAUAAGGAAAUGUUGGAAAAAACAUUCUUAACCUUUCACCCCUCAAAUAUGAUACUACAACAACAAUAUCAUGAAAGGGAUUUCACCAAAUAUAGUGAGUUAAUAUCAUGUUUACUUGUGGCCGCGCAAAACAAUGAGCUCUUAAUGAAAAAUCAUGAGACUCGUCCGGUUGGAGCAACCUCAAUCCCUGAAGCUAAUGUGGCAACAUAUAAUGGCCAAAGUGAAAGUUACGGACGUGGUCGAGGUUAUCAUCGUGGUCGUGGUCAUGGCCGUGGUCGUGAUCAUGGUCGUGGACGUGGCCGAGGAAAUUAUCAUAGUGUUCAAUUUAAAAACAAAGAGACCCACCAAAAGUGGCAUAAUAAUGAAAAUAAAUCCAGUGAUGCAAAAAAUAAAAAGAAGGUCGGCUCUAAUGCAUGUUACCGAUGUGGAAGUAACAAUCAUUGGUCGAAGACUUGUCGUACGACCAAACACUUGGUGGAACUUUAUCAACAGUCCAUCAAAGACAAAGCAAAAGGAAUAGAGACAAAUUUUACAUAUGAGGUUGCAAGUGUUGAUGUCACUGAUGGUCAUAAAGACCAUAAUGAUACAACUGAUCUGGAUUAUGAUGAUUUCCUUAUUGAGCCAACUAACUUGGAUUCUAGUGAUAUCGUGGCUGAUACGACCCAGUUGGAUGCUUGCAAUUUUCCUUACAUAUAA